AAUUUUUAAAACUCAAAAACAAAGGAACAAUUCCAUCCCAUCUUAGUGCCUUCCACCAUCCCUUCCAACCUCUCCAACCUCCACCAUUAUUAUGCCCAAAAGAACUUCCCCUCCCCUUACUACCUACCCUUUUCCACCACCAUCACUCUAUAUAUGCCCUAUUCAACAACCCUAACCAGCCCUUCUCCCUCCACCCCUACUACUCUAUUAGACUAGCAUUAUAUAAAGAGUUAGUUUGUACUCUAAUUGAGGCAUCCUAUUUUUUUAAUUAUGUUCUUCUCUCCAAAAUUACAAUCAAAAUAUAUGCAAUUAGAAUCAUAACAAUGGAAGAGUGAAUGGUUGUUUUUUCCUUUUACAAGUUCAGAGGAAAUUUUGGAGAAGAGAUUUUAAAUUUUGGGGAAGAAGAGAUUUAAUAUUUUUUUUGUUGCAAUUGUUAAAUGAGAGAAGAAGUAAUUGAUUUAAUUUAUGUUGGUUGAUUGACGGUGGUGGUGUAUUUGCGGUUGUUCGUGUGGUGAUGGGAGAACGACUAUGUGGUGGUUGAUGGUGAGGAGUGAAGGCUUAAAACAAGAAAAAGAAAUGACAGUAACACCAGCAGUUAGAAUUGUAGACCGGAAAGUAAUUGUUAAAGACCGAACAAUACUGACCGGAGUACCGGAUAAUGUGAUAGCAACAUCAGGUUCAUCAUCCGGUCCGGUUGAGGGAGUUUUUAUAGGGGCUGAUUUUGAUCAACCGAGCAGCCGCCAUGUGGUGUCAUUAGGCACUCUUAGAGAUGUUCGGUUCAUGGCAUGUUUCAGAUUCAAGUUAUGGUGGAUGGCCCAAAAGAUGGGUGACAAAGGUGGUGAUAUCCCUUUGGAAACUCAAUUUUUAUUGGUGGAGACUAAGGAAGGGUCCCACAUCGAAUCGGAUGAUGGAGAUGAAGCCAAUCAGAUCAUCUAUGCUGUUUUCCUCCCUUUGAUUGAGGGUUCAUUUAGAGCAUGUUUACAAGGGAACACACAAGAUGAGUUAGAGCUUUGUUUAGAAAGUGGGGAUGAUGAUAUUAAAGGCUCCUCUUUUACUCAUUCUCUGUUUGUGAGUGCAGGAAAUGAUCCCUAUGCCACUAUCUUUGAAGCAAUCAGGGCUGUCAAAUCUCAUCUAAAGACGUUCAGGCAACGUCAUGAGAAGAAGUUACCGGGGAUUAUAGACUAUUUUGGGUGGUGUACAUGGGAUGCUUUUUACAAAGACGUUACCCAAGAAGGUGUUGAGGCUGGUUUAGCUAGCCUGUCAGUUGGUGGGACCCCACCUCGGUUUGUGAUCAUCGACGAUGGUUGGCAGUCCGUUGGGGUGGACUCACAAAAGGAAUUUACAUCACAGGAUAAUAAGGAUAAUUCGGAAGAGGAAUGUGUGCCUAGAUUAACCGGAAUUAAGGAGAAUGAGAAAUUUCAAAAGAAGGAUGAUCCUAGUGUUGGUAUUAGAAAUAUAGUAAGUAUAGCCAAAGAAAAAUAUGGGUUGAAAUACGUGUACGUAUGGCACGCAAUCACGGGUUAUUGGGGUGGGGUACGUCCGGGGGUUAAGGAGAUGGAGGAAUAUGAGUCACUAAUGAAGUAUCCCAAUGUGUCUAAGGGAGUUGUGGAAAAUGAGCCAGUGUGGAAGAGUGAUCCUAUGAAGGUGCAAGGGUUAGGGCUAGUGAAUCCUAGGAGUGUGUACAAGUUUUACAAUGACUUGCAUAGUUACUUGGCUUCUAAUGGGAUUGAUGGAGUUAAGGUCGACGUGCAAUGCAUCUUGGAGACCUUAGGCGCAGGCCUUGGUGGUCGGGUUGAACUCACUAGGCAAUACCACCAAGCUCUCGAUGCUUCCGUUGCUAGGAAUUUUCCCGACAAUGGUUGCAUCGCGUGCAUGAGUCACAAUACUGACGCGUUAUAUUGCUCGAAACAAGCGGCGAUUGUAAGAGCAUCAGAUGAUUUCUACCCGCGAGACCCCGUGUCACACACCAUCCACAUUGCAGCAGUGGCUUAUAACAGUGUUUUUUUAGGGGAAUUUAUGCAACCUGAUUGGGAUAUGUUCCAUUCAGACCACCCUGCUGGUGAAUACCAUGGUUCAGCAAGAGCUAUCAGUGGUGGACCAAUCUAUGUUAGUGAUGCACCUGGAAAGCACAACUUUGAUCUUCUUAGGAAGCUUGUUUUGCCUGAUGGAUCUGUUCUUCGGGCUCGUUUGCCUGGUAGACCUACCCGCGAUUGCUUGUUUAAUGAUCCAGCUCGAGAUGGUGUUAGCUUAUUGAAAAUCUGGAACAUGAACAAAUAUACUGGUGUACUGGGAGUAUACAACUGUCAAGGUGCAGCAUGGAGUAGCACCGAGCGUAAAAACACCUUCCACCCUACCCGGACAGAAGCUAUUACGGGUGUAGUUUGUGGGCGAGACAUUCACCUCAUCACUGAGGCUGCAGUGGACCCCAGCGACUGGACCGGGGACUGCAUUGCUUACCGAUACAUGACUGGUGAGGUUAUCAGCUUGCCAUACAAUGUAGCUUUGCCCGUGUCACUGAAGGUCUUAGAAUUCGACAUAUUCACUAUAACACCCGUCAAGGUCCUAGCCCCUGAAUUUAGGUUUGCCCCAUUCGGGCUAAUCAAAAUGUUUAAUGCCGGAGGGGCCAUCGAUGGGCUAACAUACCAAGUCAGGAGUGGAUCAGCAGGUCAUGAUGAAAUAGUAGGGAAGGCCCAAAUGCAGGUGAAGGGAUGUGGUGUGUUUGGAGCUUACUCUUCAACAAGGCCUAAGAGAUGCCGAGUUGGGUCUGAGGAUGUCGGGUUUGAGUAUGAUUCUGGGUCGGGUUUGCUCACAUUAAGGUUAGAUCAAAUGCCGGAUGAAAUUACGAAAGUUCAUACGAUUGAGGUUGAUUUGUGACUUUGCGCGUAGUUUGUAUUGUGUUGGAGUAUUGUUACCAUGAUGUUACACUAUAUUAUCCCUAAAGCUCCUCAUGGUGCACAACACUUAGGGAUCCAUUCUUAAUGAGUAAAAGGCCUUGAUGUAAACAAUGUAGUCACUUGAAAUUACUUUAUGAUCAAUACUUUUGUUAAAUUCUCGUUAGACAAGAUUCGUUCUUACAUCAUGAAUAUCACUCAUUAUAAUUUAUCUGAA